AUGUCCGAUCCGGAUUCUCCGAUGAACCACGAUCCAAUUCCGGAUCCAUCACCUUUAGCUCCCCUCCCGCCACCAUUAUCUUCCUCCGCUCAUGACGAUGCGUCAACCGAACCAGCUUCCAACACAGAUCUGAAGAGCGCCUCCAUCCCCACCGCGUCCAAGAACUCUAGGCGGUUACCUCCGCCGUGCUGGUCUCUGGAAGAGACGAUCGCGCUAAUUGACGCGUACAGAGACAAAUGGUACGCUCUUAACCGUGGAAAUCUAAAGGCGAAUCACUGGGAAGAAGUUGCAGAAGCGGUUGGUGCUAACUGCCCCGACGUGAUUCUUAAGAAAACCGCGGUUCAGUGCCGUCACAAGAUGGAGAAGCUCCGGAAAAGGUACCGGACCGAGAUACAGAGAGCUAGAUCUGUGCCGGUGGCGAGGUUUAUAUCGUCUUGGGUUCAUUUUAAGCGAAUGGAAGCUAUGGAGAAUAGACCAGAGAUUAAACAAGGUAACGAAAGUGGAGAUGAUGAUGAUCACGAUGAUGGUAAUUACACAGCUAGGUAUCAAUUCAGCGGCGGAGGAGGAGGAGCGAGGACGACGCCGAGGUUCUUUAACAGGAAUGGUACAGCUGGAUCUGGUGGUGGUGGAGGGAGUAGUAGUAGCGGCGGGAUUCGAAUUCGGAUACCGACUGGAGUGAGUAUAGCACAGCCUGGACCGAGGUUUCCCGGUAAGAUUGAUCAGAAAUACACGGCGAGUCCAAGUGCUGGUGUGAGUUCAAAUCCGAGAGCUGGUCGUGGUAUCGGAGCAGGAGGAUCUAGUUACGGUGCUAGAGUUGUGAGAAUUCCUGAAGGAGGAGGGAAACGAGGGAGAGAGAUGAUGAUGAAGACGGAGGAGGAUGAUAAUGAUCCAAUGGUGGAGAUAGCUAGUGCGAUAAAGCUGCUUGGAGAUACGUUGGUGAGAACAGAGCAGACGAGAAUGGAGAUGACGAGAGAGAUAGAAGCGAUGAGGAUGGAUACAGAGAUGAAGAGGACAAAGAUGAUUUUGGAAUCUCAACAACGAAUUGUGGAAGCGUUUGCUAAAAGCUUAUCAGAUUAUACUACUACGGAGGAGCAAGACAAGAAGAAGAAAGCUAGAUAGAAGAAUGUCGUCGUCUUUAGCUGACUCCUGAUCAAAAGGCGCCAUAAAUUAAAUUAAUGUGUGAUUUUCAAAUUUUCUAGAUUGUAGAAAUCGAAAGAGCUUUUAUUAGCUUAU